AUGUCCCCGUCCCCGAGCCGCAAUGUCCCUCACCCUCCUGCGCAGACAAACGCCCCCCGUUUUCUCCAGGAGGGCAUGAGGCGGCGGUCCCCCCGCAGCCGACAGCCCGCUCUCGACCCGAGGGAUACGAGCAUCGUCGAUCAGGCAGCCAUCGCCGCAGCUCAGCAACAAUGCUUCGACUCGCCCAACAGCGUCUUUACCUGCUAUCCCAUCGACACCACCGUUGUCGCGCAGCAUGAGUGGGCUAGUAUCGUCUGGAACUCCCGCCUCCCCCAGUUCGCACAGACGAAUCUCGUCAAUCUUUUCGUUGUUCAGGCAGAUACCGGGGUGAUCGUUUGGAAUGCCACCAACGUCACAAACCCUGCCAACAUAUCUGGUUUGAAGCACGCUCAAGUAGACGACGCUUGGUUCGGCGACCAAGGUCUCCAUUUCAGCGGGAAGAACCGGUCGUUCCCUUUCUACUGGUUGAUCACUCGCAACGAUAGGGAAAUCACAAACACCGACGUCCCCCAAGCCACUUUCACUGCCGUCCAAACCACCAUCUUGGACUCCGUGUCGUCAUCCAUUGCAUCGGUUGCCUCUGCGUCAUCAGCAUCUGCUGCGUCGGCGGCGACAGCAUCGCCGACACCAACAAGUGGAUCGCCGUCGUCCACUUCACUCUCCGAUGGACCCCAGGGUGCUUCCCCCACCGGGCAGGUGCAGAAUCCAAACGGCAGCUCCUCUUUCCCCAAGUGGGCCAUCGCGGUAAUCACUGUUCUCGGGUUCUUCGCUCUCGUGGCGUCAGUCGUCUUGGUGUUUUACAUCAUGAGGAGAUUACGCCAACGCCGGCAGGACAUCUCACAACGGAACUCGAUGGGCUCUUCAACACCAAUGAUGGCUAACGUCGACACCGGAGGCCCCACGUCUCCCACCGCGCCACUCUCGGGAGGUUUCGGUGCGGCUGCUGGUGCGGGUGCGGGUGCUUACGCUGCGAACCGGACGAGCUCCCCGACCACGGCGGAAGCGCAUGGUCAGGACGGCGCAUCAAUGAUCUCAAGGACGAGCGAUCAAGGACUCUUUUCCGGUGCGGACGCGGCCAUUAUGGCCAAUGCGUUCCGGCAGGCACUUCGAAAGCCCGACUUCGCGGAUCGGCCGGUUAUCGAAGGCGAGAGUCCCGACGACCAGCACGCACAGUCGCGGGCGGAGCUCAUCAACCAGGAACUCGCCGAGGAAGGGAGGGACAUCCGAAGCGUCAGCUCCAGCCGCGGCGUCAAGGUCGAAACACUCAGCGACGACGGCAACGAUACAGCGACAGUACACCAUUAG